AUGUCUCUCGAAGCACCCCCGCCAGCUCGCCAUGUCUCGUCGACGCCGAUUUCCCUCACAGAUGCUUCGCGCAUGCUGGAAACCUACCUCGCGAAUUCCGAACGGCAUCCGCACCUGCACCCCGAUGCGCUCAUCACACCGACUGGCGUCACCUUCUCCUCGCACGGCGGCCCAAUGGGCAGCGUAGUCAUGCACAACCUGCGCCGCGUAGCCGCGGGUAUGCGCGGCGAGUUCCUGGAGCCUGAGAAGACGCCCGAGCCCGAAGAAGACGAGGUCAGCGCGAAGAAGUUCAGCGGGAAGAAGCGCAAGGACUUCUCCACGGUUACGGACGAUGACUGGCAGGACAAAGCCGAGUACGAGGCGGAGCAGGGCGCGAUUGAAGUCGGCGAGAUUGGCCACCGGACGAAUGUUGUGCAGGAGGGAGGCGAGGAGCCGGAGGUGCAGGUUACGGGUGGUGCGGAGGAGGGCGCGAAGAAGAGGAAGAUUGAGGAGGGGGGCAAGAUGGAUAAAGAAGCAAGAAAACUGGCGAAGAAGGAGAGGGCGAAGCAAGAGAGGAGGGAGAAGGAGAAGAAGAGACAGGCGGAGAAGGCUUAA